UGUAUUUUGACAUUCUCAUAUCAAGUGGUGUCAGUCAAGCUGUGUGAAUUCAUUGCUAUUCAUUUAAGUUAUUAGUAAAUUGUAAUCCGCGGAAAUCGUGUUUAAAAACUUCGUAUAUUAUAAUUUACUAAAUAUAAUCAAUUAAGUGAACUAAUGAUGGCCCCAAAAGCAGUCGCCGUAAACAAGAAACCUAAAGUUUUGGCCUUUAAAGAUAAGUCAAAGCCGGCAGAUGUACGUUUGUCCAAUAUACAAGCAGCAAAAGCCGUUUGUGAUGCUAUUCGCACUAGUUUGGGUCCACGUGGUAUGGAUAAGAUGAUACAAGCUGGUAAUGGUGAAGUUUCAAUUACCAAUGACGGUGCCACAAUUCUAAAGCAAAUGAAAGUAUUGCACCCAGCCGCAAAGAUGUUGGUAGAACUUUCACGCGCACAGGAUGUCGAAGCUGGUGAUGGAACCACAUCAGUUGUUGUCAUUGCUGGUGCAUUACUUGAUGCCUGUGAAAAGUUAUUACAUAAAGGUUUACAUCCAACAGCUGUAUCUGAGUCAUUCCAAAGAUGUGCCAAAAAAGCUAUUGAUAUACUCACUGAUAUGUCAAGUCCGGUUGAGUUGACUGAUCGAGAUACAAUGAUUCAGAGUGCAUCUACUUCGCUAAAUUCGAAGGUAGUCUCUCAACAUAGUAAUCUAUUGGCUCCUAUUGCCGUUGAUGCUGUAAUGUGGGUUACUGAACCUGGCAAAGAAAAUGCAGUGGAUUUGAAGAAUAUCAAAGUCAUACAAAGUUUAGGUGGCACCAUUGAAGAUACUACAAUGGUUAAUGGUUUGGUAUUCACUCAACGUACCUCAGGCACAAAUGCACCCAAACGCGUCGAGAAAGCUAAAAUUGGUUUAAUACAAUUUUGUAUUUCAGCUCCAAAAACUGAUAUGGAUCACAGUGUUAUUGUAACGGAUUAUGCAGCUAUGGAUCGCGUACUCAAGGAGGAACGUGCUUAUAUUUUGAAUAUUGUUAAGCAAAUUAAGAAAACUGGUUGUAAUGUACUACUUGUACAGAAAUCAAUCUUGAGAGAUGCUGUUUCCGAUUUGGCACAACAUUUCCUCGACAAAAUCAAAUGUGUAGUUGUAAAGGAUAUUGAGCGUGAGAUGAUACCUUUUGUUUGUAAAACUUUGAAUUGCCGUCCCAUAGCCUCACUUGAUCAUUUUGUCGCUGAGAAUCUUGUAAAUGCUGAACUCGUUGAGGAAGUUCCUUGUGGCAGCAGUAAAUUUGUCAAAGUGACUGGAAUACAAAACCCAGGUCGUACAGUUUCUAUUAUUUGCCGCGGUUCAAAUAAACUAGUAUUGGAGGAAGCAGCACGUUCGUUGCAUGAUGCACUUUGUGUUGUGCGUUGUUUGGUUAGAAAACGUGCACGCAUUGCUGGUGGUGGUGCACCUGAAAUCGAAAUGGCACUUCAACUUGCCAAUCAUGCACAAACUGUUGAAGGUGUUGACGCAUAUUGUUUCCGUGCUUUUGCUGAUGCACUUGAAAUUGUUCCAUCAACUUUGGCUGAGAAUGCUGGCCUAAAUCCAAUUGCCACUGUUACAGAGUUGAGAAACCGCCAUGCUCAGGGUGACAAGAAUGCUGGCAUAAAUGUACGCAAAGGUGCUAUCACAGAUAUGGUAGAGGAGCAUGUUUUGCAGCCAUUGUUGGUUAGCACUUCUGCAAUAGCUUUAGCUACUGAGACAAUUCGUUCAAUUCUCAAAAUUGAUGAUAUUGUCAACACAAUUAGUUAAGCAGGCUAUGCCUUGAAAACGUGCACUUUAGUUACUUCUGUUAAUCAUAAUGCAUUCACCUUAUCAUUUUUUUAAGAUUAAAAAGAAUUAUUUUAUUUGAAUAAUAACGCUAAUCACAUUAUAUAUUUAUAUCGUAACAGUUAUAAAUUUAAUAUUAUUUGAAUACACCUUAAAGAUUUCGCCUAAAAAUUAACUUACUCAAAAUAUUAUAUUAAAAGAAAACAAUGUAAUAACAAAAAUUU